UGUUUGAACCACCUUAGGAACCAUUGAGGAAACGGGUGCCUGGAUUUUCGUUGGUGCUUGUGAUUCUCUCUGCGUUAUAGUCUCUCAUAUCACCGCCGAAGGGAAGAUGGGAGAUGUAGUUGAGAUCCAGAUCACACCAGAAACCCCAGGGAGACCCGCCAUCCUCAACCCGUUUGAGAGUCCCACCGACUACCACCGCCUGCACGAGCCUCUGGUGCCCAGUCCAUCUGUGUUCAAGUGUUCAAUCGCCUCCUCCGCUACACCAGCAAAGUUCAAAUGGUCCAUCGAUGAAAUGGCAAGCCUCCUCCCAGUGCACAUAGACCCCGAGGAUAUUCACCGCCAGGCUUUGUUUAUGAGCCAGACCAGGACGGACGCUGAAAUUGAGCAAAAGCGACAGAAUGCGAUUGAACAAUUUUUCACUAAAGGUGCUAUAGUUCCGUCGCCAUGGGGACCGCUGGCGAGUAAACAGUCGACGCUGCUGAGUCACGAGAAAAUUGCAGGUUUAUCGUCGCCGCUUGUAACGGAGGAACAGCCAUCAGCAAAGAAAAUACACGCGACCUGUCAGACGACUUUGUCUUUACCUGUGGACUUCGAUAUUGAAAAAGUAUUGGGUGAUUACUAUAGGAUGGAUGAGGUCUCGGAGCAGGUUCAGGAGAGCCUCAGCUCCUCUUCUCUGAGGCGGAAGCUUUUCCUCGACGGCCAUGCCAGUGGCUCAGAUUCAUCCAGCCCUCCCAGCCCGGAGAGAGAGGCCCACGGUGGGAGCAGAGAGACGAUAUCACCGGUCAUCGUAUCACCCGUGAAGUGUGGGAUCACAGCCACGACGCCUUCGUCUGGUCAGUUCUCGUCCAGUCCUAUCCAGGAACGAGGUCGUGCUUAUAGUCUGGGCAGCAUGACCAGUCCCAUGUUUCCAGAACUGUCGUCUCCUCUGUUUAAGUCCCCCACUGUGUCCCCUAUCGUCCUGCAGCACUCGAUCACACCUCAGUCAGGUGAGAGAAAGCGAUUGUCCUUCCUGACUCCUGACGGUCUUCCUUCCUGUAGCCAGAACGCGGCUGUAAACCGGUGUGGCCAGAGCCCGUACGUGGAGGGCUGUUCUCCCAUUCGCAGCUGCUCUCCUCUCCGCCCUCACCACAGCAGCAGAUCCUCCUCCGUCCUCCAACCACACCUCCAGGACAAGGAGGACAUCUUCCUCAGCGAGCCUUUACCCACUAUGGUGCUGGACUUGUGCUCCCCCGGGGUCCAGGCUAGGCAUGGCGAGAGCCAGGGGUCCCUGCCCGGUUUGGAGAGGAUGGAGCAGAGCGAGCCAAUUGAGGACGAGCUGGGACAACCGUCUCCUUGUCCGUUCCCUGAAGAAGACGAGGAGGAAGAGGAGGUGGAAGAGGUGGCGAGCGGAGAGGAGUUCUGUCGACUGAGCAGCUCGUCCAACGGAGAGAGUACGCGCAUGUUCGUGUCGCUGCUGGCUGAGAGGAGCAUAGCGCCGUAUGACAUUAGCAUGCAGGUGGACAGCGGUUAUAACACAUACUCCACGUGCACCAUCAGCCUUAUGGACGCCGUCAGUACAGACAGCCAGAGCAAGGAGCCACAGGGGACACACACGACCGAGGAGGGACUCGCUCACUCUAAACACACUAAGUCGAAGGUAACACACACACUCACAUUCACAUUCACAGGUUCUCGUUUCACUGAUCGCACUAAACCACACGCAGUCUUGUUUCACGGCACAUGUUUUAUUGUACACACCGUUCACUUUUGUGCGUUCAUGAAAUGAUCUAAUCAGCCAAACAAGUUGUAGCAGCACAAUGCACAAAAUCGAAUGAGGAAAAACGUGAUCACGUGAGUUUGGGCGUGGCAUGGUUGUCCAUUCGAGCUGACCAGGUUUAUCAUACAGUUUCAGUGAACCUGUGCACACAGUAGCCUCAGAUUCCUGUUCUUGGCUGACAGGAGUGGAACCUGAUGUGCGUUCUGAGAU